AAAGUCAAUAACACUUAAUCAGCAGCCAAUGACGAAAAAAACCAUAUAAAUAAAUGAAGCCCUCUUCUUCCCUUAUGCUACAAAGGAACCAAGUCAAUUGAAACCAACAAAACACAAUGAAACAGAACACAAAGCUCACACAACUAUGCCAAAUUUUAAUGGUAACAAUAUCAAUAUCCAUGGUAACAAUAGUAUUUGCAUCGGAUGAAUCCUUUUCAACAUCCCUACCCGGUUGCAAAAACAAAUGUGGAAAUGUCACAAUUCCAUUUCCUUUUGGAAUAUCAGAUUCAUCAAUACCAAAUCAAGGAACUUGUUUCCUAACGCCAAAAUUUAACCUCACAUGUGUAAAUGACACAAAAUUAUUUUGGGGUGAGUCACAAGUUAACAACAUAAGCAUCCUCGAAGGACAAAUGGAAGUAUUGUUUUAUAUCUCCAGGUUUUGUUAUGACGGAAGUAACACACCCAGUUUAGACACCGGCAGUUUCAGAAUAUCCAACAUGAAAAACAAGUUCGUAACGGUUGGUUGUGACACUUACGGUUAUCUCAACAGCAUUUUCAGCGGAGAAACAUACUCGACCGGUUGUUUAACAAGAUGUUAUGGUAAUCUAGAUGGAAUUGAAAACGGAACAUGUUCAGGUAUUGGUUGUUGUCAAGUUGAUAUUCCACGUAUGAUGAAGAAUAUAAGUAUAGAAGUUUCUGAAUUUCCUAAUUCAACGGAGGAAUAUAGUGGGUGUAGCUAUUCUUUUAUUGUUAAAGAUGGUUUCUAUAAUUUUUCUCUUGCUGAUUUGUAUAAUUUUACUUCUGAGGAGGUUCCAUUGAUUCUUGAUUGGAGUGUUGGAUGGGAAAAUUGUACGGUUUCAAAGGCUUGCAUGAAUAAUAGUAAUUGCCAUGAUGAGGAUAUUGAUUUUGGUGGUUACCGGUGUGAAUGUAAGGAAGGUUAUACAGGAAACCCUUAUCACCCAGAUGGCUGCAAAGACAUCGAUGAAUGUAAGACAAAUAACCACACAUGCAUAAGUGAAGAACAUUGUCGCAACACGGAUGGGCAUCACGAGUGUUUUUGUCCGGAUGGACAAUCCGGUAAUGGAACAAAGACAGGAGCUGGGUGCAGUAAAAGAGAUUUAAUUACGAAGGUUGCCAUCGGAUUAAGUGCUGGACUCAUUGUUCUAUUUGUGGCGAUUUCAUCUCUUUACUUGACAUAUCAAAAAAGGAAACUGAUCAAACUAAAGCAAAAAUUCUUCCAACAAAACGGUGGUUCCAUUUUGCUACAACAACUAUCUACAAGAGAAGAGACAUCGCAAUCGGCUCAAAUAUUCACAGAAGAGGAACUUAAAAAAGCCACAAAAAACUACGAUGAAAGCUUAAUCAUUGGUAGAGGAGGUUUUGGCACUGUCUUCAAAGGGAUUUUACCCGAUAACAAAAUUGUCGCUGUCAAAAAAUCCAAAGUAAUUGACACAAAUCAAAUUGAGCAAUUCAUUAACGAAGUAGUUGUUCUGUCUCAAAUAAAUCAUAGGAAUGUUGUCAAACUCUUAGGAUGUUGUUUAGAGACAGAAGUUCCUUCCUUGGUUUAUGAAUUCGUUAGCAACGGUACACUUUUCGACUUCAUACAUACUAAAGAUAAAGCAAAUAAUCCAACAUGGAAAACACGUUUAAGGAUAGCAGCAGAAACAGCUGGAGCUUUAUCUUAUCUACAUUCGGCUGCUUCAAUACCAAUUAUUCAUCGAGAUGUUAAGAGUACCAACAUUCUCUUAGAUGACAACUACACCGCAAAAGUUUCCGAUUUCGGAGCUUCGAGAUUGGUUCCACUUGAUCAAACUGAGAUAGCAACAAUGGUUCAAGGUACUCUUGGAUAUUUAGAUCCAGAGUAUAUGCAAACACAUCAAUUAACUGAGAAAAGUGAUGUUUAUAGCUUUGGCGUUGUUCUUGCGGAGCUUUUAACAGGAGACAAACCUCUUUCUUUUAAUAGGUCUGAAGAGAACACUAGUCUUGCUAUGCACUUUUUGUCUUGUUUAAAAGAAGAUCGAAUUUUCGAAGCUAUUCAAGUUGGUAUUUUGAAUGAUGAAAACAAGAAAGAGAUUAAGGAGGUUGCUAUUCUUGCAGCAAGGUGUUUGAGACUUAGAGGUGAUGAAAGACCAAGCAUGAAAGAAGUGGCUAUGGAGUUGGAAGGUAUAAGGUUAAUUGAGAGGCAUCCUUGGAAUGAGACAGAGCAAAAUUUUGAAGAGGGUCAACGCUUACUUCAUGAGGCAUUUUCUAGCAUUUAUAAUGAAAAUGGUGAUGAUAGCUAUAAUGUUGGAUAUACUACUGGUUAUGAUAGCUUGAGAGAUCAACCAUUGAUUCAACAAAACACAAUGAAACAGAACACAAAGCUCACACAACUAUGCCAAAUUUUAAUGGUAACAAUAUCAAUAUCCAUGGUAACAAUAGUAUUUGCAUCGGAUGAAUCCUUUUCAACAUCCCUACCCGGUUGCAAAAACAAAUGUGGAAAUGUCACAAUUCCAUUUCCUUUUGGAAUAUCAGAUUCAUCAAUACCAAAUCAAGGAACUUGUUUCCUAACGCCAAAAUUUAACCUCACAUGUGUAAAUGACACAAAAUUAUUUUGGGGUGAGUCACAAGUUAACAACAUAAGCAUCCUCGAAGGACAAAUGGAAGUAUUGUUUUAUAUCUCCAGGUUUUGUUAUGACGGAAGUAACACACCCAGUUUAGACACCGGCAGUUUCAGAAUAUCCAACAUGAAAAACAAGUUCGUAACGGUUGGUUGUGACACUUACGGUUAUCUCAACAGCAUUUUCAGCGGAGAAACAUACUCGACCGGUUGUUUAACAAGAUGUUAUGGUAAUCUAGAUGGAAUUGAAAACGGAACAUGUUCAGGUAUUGGUUGUUGUCAAGUUGAUAUUCCACGUAUGAUGAAGAAUAUAAGUAUAGAAGUUUCUGAAUUUCCUAAUUCAACGGAGGAAUAUAGUGGGUGUAGCUAUUCUUUUAUUGUUAAAGAUGGUUUCUAUAAUUUUUCUCUUGCUGAUUUGUAUAAUUUUACUUCUGAGGAGGUUCCAUUGAUUCUUGAUUGGAGUGUUGGAUGGGAAAAUUGUACGGUUUCAAAGGCUUGCAUGAAUAAUAGUAAUUGCCAUGAUGAGGAUAUUGAUUUUGGUGGUUACCGGUGUGAAUGUAAGGAAGGUUAUACAGGAAACCCUUAUCACCCAGAUGGCUGCAAAGACAUCGAUGAAUGUAAGACAAAUAACCACACAUGCAUAAGUGAAGAACAUUGUCGCAACACGGAUGGGCAUCACGAGUGUUUUUGUCCGGAUGGACAAUCCGGUAAUGGAACAAAGACAGGAGCUGGGUGCAGUAAAAGAGAUUUAAUUACGAAGGUUGCCAUCGGAUUAAGUGCUGGACUCAUUGUUCUAUUUGUGGCGAUUUCAUCUCUUUACUUGACAUAUCAAAAAAGGAAACUGAUCAAACUAAAGCAAAAAUUCUUCCAACAAAACGGUGGUUCCAUUUUGCUACAACAACUAUCUACAAGAGAAGAGACAUCGCAAUCGGCUCAAAUAUUCACAGAAGAGGAACUUAAAAAAGCCACAAAAAACUACGAUGAAAGCUUAAUCAUUGGUAGAGGAGGUUUUGGCACUGUCUUCAAAGGGAUUUUACCCGAUAACAAAAUUGUCGCUGUCAAAAAAUCCAAAGUAAUUGACACAAAUCAAAUUGAGCAAUUCAUUAACGAAGUAGUUGUUCUGUCUCAAAUAAAUCAUAGGAAUGUUGUCAAACUCUUAGGAUGUUGUUUAGAGACAGAAGUUCCUUCCUUGGUUUAUGAAUUCGUUAGCAACGGUACACUUUUCGACUUCAUACAAACUACUAAAGACAAACCAAAUAAUCCAACAUGGAAAACACGUUUAAGAAUAGCAGCAGAGACAGCUGGAGCUUUAUCGUAUCUACAUUCGGCUGCUUCAAUACCAAUUAUUCAUCGAGAUGUUAAGAGUACCAACAUUCUCUUGGAUGAUAAUUACACUGCAAAAGUUUCUGAUUUUGGAGCUUCAAGAUUAGUUCCACUUGAUCAAACCGAAAUAGCAACAGUGGUUCAAGGAACUCUUGGAUACUUAGAUCCGGAGUAUAUGCAAACACAUCAGUUAACCGAGAAAAGUGAUGUUUAUAGCUUUGGUGUAGUUCUUGCAGAGCUUUUAACAGGGGACAAACCUCUCUCUUUUAAUAGGCCGGAAGAGAGCAUUAGUCUUGCUAUGCACUUUUUGUCUUGUUUAAAACAAGAUAAAAUAUUUGAAGCUAUUCAAGUUGGAAUUUUGAGUGAUGAUAACAAGAAGGACAUUAAGGAGGUUGCUAUUCUUGCAGCAAGGUGUUUGAGACUUAGAAGUGAUGAAAGACCUACAAUGAAGGAAGUGGCUAUGGAGUUGGAUGGUAUAAGAUUAACGGAGAGGCAUCCUUGGAAUGAUACAGACCAAAAUUUUGAGGAGAAUCAACGCUUACUUCAUGAGGCAUCUUCUAGCAUUUAUAGUGAAAUUGGUGAUCAUAGCUCUAAUUUUGGAUAUACUAAUGUGUAUGAUAGCUUGAAAGAUCAACCAUUAAUUGCCUUGGAUGAUGGAAGAUGAUUUGUGACAUGUCAAAUAUGUAUUAUUCUAUCUUUUGUUUGAUCGAUUGAUCAGUUUAAAAGGAUUUGGAUUUGUGUUUAGAUUUUGUUUUAUGAUGUAAACUUGUUUGGGCCUUUUAUUUGAAUUUUCCCUCUCAACUAAGUUGUAUUCUUCCAUAAUAUUCGAACUUGAGACCCUACUCAAGGAAAAUUGAAUUCAGUUCUACUCAGAUAAAUUUAAAAUAUCAAUCUCAAAGAAAAAAAUUUCAUCUUAUUAA